AUGAUUCUUAGGGCAGCGGGGUACCAUCAUCUUCACAGCAAGCCAGACCCUCAGAGUUUCAUGCAGAAUUAUAACCAGGCCAAGCUCAUUACUCCAAACCUGCUGUCAACACUUGGAGAGUCCCUCGAAACUCACCCCAGAGGCCUCUGCCAGCCAAGAAGAGCCUGGGAGCUCCACUGGCAAAGCAGCUACCAGGAAGUGCAAGGGCAGAAAGCAGACUUUCAGAGGCCAGUACAUGUCCCAUGGUGGGAGACAGCCAAAAGAGCAGGGCACACGGCGAGCGCCGCGGAGGGGCUGCCCGGCACCGCAGCGGGCUGGGGCCGGGCCGGGGCCAGGCCGCGCCCCCCGCCUGCUCACCGGGAGCCCGCGGUGCAGCCCUGCGGCAGGGGUGUGGACCGAGCGUUCUGCGGCCGCGGCGCCGCGGAGCUCAAGCGCCCGCGCUGCCGUACCUCCGAGGCCCCGCGCCGGCCGGGCGGGAGAAGGAGAGCCGCCUCCUCGCGGAAGAAACCCGCCAGCCGCGCGCCGCCCCAGCCGGUGCCCUACCUGGGCGCGGAGCGGAGAGGCGACGAGCGGGCAGCAGAGAGGCAAGGGGCGAGCCGCCGCCACCGCGCAGGUCCGCCUGCCCGCCGCCUGCCAACCAGGCCUGCCUGCCGCUACCUGAGGCGCCGGGUUGGCGCUGCCAACAGGAAACUUGAGAGCGCCAGGGGCGCGGCGGCCGCCCUGUCCGCCGGCCGGAAACGCGCCCGCCGCAGCCCGGGGUCAGUCUCCAGCCGGGCUCCUCCGACCUCGCCUCCCCUGCCACCCGCCGGGCCCCGAGAGCGCUCCCCGCAGUGUUCGGACUCGCCCGAACCUCCUCCCCGGCCAGGACGCUUCUCAAGAAAACGCCUUCAACUGAUCCUCAAGGAAGACAAUGCAAAGUCCAAUCUACCAUUGCAUUGGUGAAAUCCCUGAAAUCCCAACCACCGGACAGAAAACAUUUAACAAAUCGGGCUGCAUGACUUCGGCACUGACAGCUGAACAGAAAGGAGGAUAUUCAGAAAAUCUGCGGAGUCACUGCUUGGACAAACCUGUCACUUAACCAAACUGUAACAGAGCCAUGGUUCUGGUGGGACAGCCUGGUGUCCUGAGAUCCAGGACUGCCAGAUUCAGAUGCAUCUGGGUAUGUCUGGAGCAGUUGUAGGGAGUGGGGCAGGCAGCAGUCUGUUGGCAGAAGGAUGUAGGAACCUAUGGGAAAGGGUCCAGCCUGUGAAUGUGGUUCAAUCUACCAUUGUAUUGCAUAGUCCUCUCCAUCAAGAACAGAUAAAACUUCUCUUAGACUUGAAGACCUGUGAACUAAAAAAGCAAGUUGUCCAUCUCAUGCCCAUGCCAACCUACAAAUGUGCAAAGUGGAUCAGGCAAAAGAUAACUUCAGUAAACAAAUAAGCACACCCCUUCAGAAAGGCAAGACUGAGAGACCCCCCAUAGUCACCAUUCCACAGAUACACUGGUAUUACAAUGCUGAAAUACCAAUGCUUCGACAUCAGGGUUGCCUAGCCUGGAGCAGCGACUCUCUCACCAUUAUUAUCCUUUGUGAUCCUCUGCAUCAUCCUCUGGAGGGCUUCUUUCUGGACCCUUAUUCUCCUUGGCUACAUAUAAAGAGGGAGCUGGGGAGACUGCUCUUCCUAGGGGCAAUGCAACUUCCUGCCAGAGGUUGUUUUAUGGCUUAACUAACGAACUUAGGCUUUUUACACAAGCUUGUGGUUUCUUUGACAAUACGGUUUCCUCAAAACAUUGGUAAACUCUAAUCUAUUGGCACCCAGACUGUUUCAUUUGCCAGUAUUCCUACUCAGUGUUCUUUUGUAAGACAGUCUUCGAAUUUUCUUGUAAGAUACAGUCUUACAAUUGCUUUUGUAAAACAUAAUCUUCUGCCUCCUUGCCCCCAUGCUCUCUCUUUCAAUGUGAUAGUGAUUUCCUUGAAGCUGACUGGAACAAAGGAACACACAUUUAAUCAGAUAUUUUCCAUGAUUCACUAUAAUCAACUGAAACAUCUUGAGCGUUUGUCACGCAGUCUUUUAAAUUUCCAUCUCUUACUGUUUAGGAGCUAGAAGCAGUCAGCUUUUCUAAGUCUGCUGGCCUCAGUAUUCCAGGCUUUUGUCUAUACCAUUUAAUUUCUACUGACAAAACAACCAAAUAUAUUCUUUUUUAAAUUUUAUUCUUUUAAUCUAUUUUCAAGUUAGUUAACAUAUAGUGCACUCUUGGCUUCAGUAGAACCCAGUGAUUCAUCUC